AUGGCUCCUUCCAGACGUCAAAUUCGAGCACUGGGUAAACUUGCUACAGCCGUCAAUGAACAGUUGAUAGAAAUUUCCGGGAGUAUUCCACAAAAUCAGCUUAAGGAAUUCGAACUGUUCGUAGCGGCAGCGGGUUUUUUUUCAAACUGGGAGGAGAAAAUCAGCGCGCUCAACGGGACGUUCAGUCUCGCACAAAUAACUCUGUUUGAUCCGACUUCUGCUUCACUAAACAAGUUGAACUCUGCAGUGGAUGAACGUGAGUUUUCUCGGCUAAUUUUUGAUCGUGAAGAGGUCAUUCGUAAUUGUCUGAUGAUAUCUCCAGUCUCCAAAAUUGUUGGAUCUGAGGAAACGGAUGCCGCCUCGAAGCGUAAAGAUCUGAUAAUGGAAAUGGCUGAAUCCGUCCAGAAACUUUGCGAAGAUUGGCAGGAUAAGUGGUCAAAAGAAGGUGGCAAGACUCAGGAGUCUACAGAACAGACUUAG